CUUACAGGAAACAAGAGACUUAAGUUUCGUUUUCCUGUUUGUGUUGGGUGGUUAUUGAGAUAGUGAGAGAGAGACUCCGUUAACCUGAUUUUGGCUGCAUACCAACAGGCGUCACGCUACGGUUGCUAUUCUUAAUCAUGGAUGAUUUUGUUCACAACAAAUUAACUCAAUGGGAUCUCAGCGAAUUGAUACAAACAUUUAAAGAGCAACACAUUGACAAAGAAGCUCUUUAUGAACUGGAUGAUCAAACAAUUGCUGAGUUGAUCCCCAUUGUUGGAACCAGACUAAAAUUCAAGAAAAGACUCAAGUUGUUAUUGGAGGAACAAAACACAACAGAUCCGGAAACAUCUGAAUCUUCUGUUCAAUGUAAAUGGGAGUUUGAUGAGGAAGCUGUUUUUGCUCAGGUUUGUUCAUCGACCAACAAAGCAAAUGAUAAAGGAAAGAGGAGGUUGGAUCUUCAGGGUGAGUCCAGCCAAGGGCAAUCCCCAGCCAGAAAACGACCACGUGAGGAUAUACAAGGAUCAUACACGGAAGAAGUCAUUCUGUCUGAUGUGAAAAACAUCAUGAGAUGUGUCCACCAGAAACUACCUAACCAAGACGACAAGCUCAACAAGUUCCUGAAAAAUAGCAUCAAACAUUUGGAGACAGACAAGAGGGAGGUGGUCGGCGUCUUUGGUAAAACGGGGGCUGGAAAGAGCUCUCUGAUAAAUGCCAUCAUUGGAGUGAAGGAUCUCUUGCCCUCUGGAAGCAUCAGUGCAUGUACCUCAGUGAUGAUUAAAGUGGAGGCUAACAUGCGUAACCCAAAGUACGAGGCAGAAAUCGAGUUCAUUACAAAAGAGGAGUGGAAAGAGGAGUUGUGGACCUUGUUUAAUUUCCUUGGUGAUAACGAAGAUAAGGAAAAAGACGAAGAUUAUCAAGACAGUGUUGAAAAGCUGUCAGAGCUGUAUGGAGAAGAAUGGAGAAACAAAUCCCCUGAAAACCUCAUGGAUAAAAAAUAUUUCAGAGAAAUUCCUGAAUUUCUCAAUUCCAAGAGUAAGAUUUUGACAAGUGAUACAGCUAAAGAAUUAUCUGCAAAAUUUGUCAAAUACACACGAAGUGAGUCAAAAGAGGAAGAUGCUAAAGACGUGAAGAGGUGGUAUUGGCCACUGGUGAAGUGUGUGACUGUCAGGGUGCCGAAGAAUGGUCUUCUCCAGCAUGUCACUCUUGUGGAUCUUCCUGGAAACGGGGACCGUAACAAGAGCAGAGACAGGAUGUGGAAAAAGGUUGUUGGAAGUUGUUCUACUGUGUGGAUUGUGGCUGAGAUAAAUCGAGCAGCUUCAGAAACAGAAUCCUGGGAGAUCCUGGAAGAAUCCUGCAGCCUCAUGGGAAAUGGUGGCGAGUGUCGGCAAAUUCAUUUUAUCUGCACCAAGUCUGAUAAUAUUGGAGGUUCAGAUGAUCAGUCAGCAGCUGGUGUUCGUGCUCAGAUACUGAAACAAAACAAGCAAGCCAAGAUAAAAGUGAUGGCAGAAUUCAGGAAACUAAAAGAGGUUAAGAAACAUUUCAGUGAGGAAUAUUUCAAGGUUUUCACAGUGAGCUCCAAAGAGUUCUUGAGAAGGAAAAAUCUAGAUCGAGAUGACACAGAAAUUCCCUCACUGCAGGAAUUCCUGCAAGAUCUGAAUGAAUGGCACUCUGAGACAUUAAACUAUGUGUCUGGAGCUCACGGGAUUCUCUCUCUGAUUCAGGGAGCCAGCAGCAGAGAAGGGGCUGACAUAAAGACGCCUGUGUGCAAAGGACUUGAAGAAAAGCUGAGUGUUGAACUUGAUAAAAUCAGGGAACCCAUGAAAGAGACCCUUACGGCUUUUGAAAAAUGCCUCAGUGAGGGGGUUGACAAAUCUAAAAGUUCAUGUGACAAAGUCUUAAAGUCGGUCCUUUAUCCGACAAAGAAAGGUGGUGCAUUUCACAGGAUAUUGAAGUGUGUAGUUGAGAAUGGUGGCAUCCACAAACCAAAAAAAGGGAAAUCAAUAAACAUCAAUAUGAAGUUAACUUCAUGUUUGACCGACAGCAUUGACGAGGAAUUUAAGAAGACCUUCCCAAAUGAAGGAAACAGUGGACCAUUCAACGGGGUCAUCAAUGCAUUUUCACUUGGCACAGAGAAGCUGAUGAUGAAUAAGGAGUGCGAAAAUGUCAAACUGCAGCUGACAUUUCUCAAGACAGAGGAAGAAAAAAUGAAAACAAAACUCAACAAACUCAUCCGUGAGCGUAAGAAAACGAUCUACAGCAGCCUGACAACAACAAUCGAGGAGACCAUGAAAGAAUGCUAUGACAGAGCAAAAGAAAUUAGAGGAGAAGGCUCGCUGAAAAACAUGAGGGAAACUAUUGAAAUGCACGUGCAUGGUUCAAAGAACGUCAUGUUUGUUCAGGCUAAAGACGCCAUGAUGGAACAGCUGAGAGACUUGAUGUUGGAGAUCCUGGAGAAACUGGAGAGCACGAUGCAGGAAUCAAUUGAGCUGUCACUCAAAACAGAUGGUGUCUACAUCCUAGAUGUAAGUUUGGAGCUUGAGAUGGUAAAGAACUACUACAAUGAACUGACCGAAUGCCCAGAUGAUGAUGCAAUUCUUUGUAUUGAUUAACGGGGUCAAGCAGCUUCAGUGCGUCCAUGAUUUGUACAGGGUAGAUCCGUGGAGACUAACAGCAGACGCCUGAUAACAUACCGAGGAUAAAAGACAUGAGGCCUCUGGAUUGGGUCUCAACAAUUGUUUUUAAGUUCUUAUCUCUCUUUGAGUGUUUUUUAUUUUUAGCAUAAAGCGGUUCCCUAAUUCAAGUCAUUUCAAAAUCAUAUUCAAAAAAGCAGUUUGAUGAUAAUGUUAUUAUGUUGUACAGUCUAUCAAGUAAUAUCUCCAUGUCAAUAGCGACAUCCACCCCACCCCUGCUUUUGUGCGCAUCAGCAUUUUAGUUGUCUGCCAGAAGCAGUGGCGGAUAUUGAUAAGGGCUGUCAAAUAAUAUUUCUGUCUUUACUCCUAGAUAUUUAACCUUUUCUGUGUGUUGACAUUUACGACCAAGCCUGAGUGUGACGCCAGCUUUAAGGAAUGUGCUCCAGCACUUAGUCUUAGUUUUAUGACCGGUCAACUCUCGGUCACAGAGCCUAAGAGUCAGAUAAGUGAUUCAGUGUCUCCAGGUGUUAACGCCCCAUCCCCCAAUAUGUGGUUUAACUCUCUGUAAACUAGUUAAAAGGUCUAUCGAGAGAGAUACUGGGCAGAAUUUACAUGGCAACCCACCCGUGCAGUCAGAACCUUUUGCUGCUGUGACUUGUGAUGUGAAUUUCUCCAGCCGAUACUUGUAUUAAACAUUCAGUGUUUAACAUCAAAGCUCCAACUCUCCUCGUGUCUCUCUGAGUCCUGACUCUCCAUUGUUGCAGAAGUUUCCCUUACAUGGGCGACAUGGGUGGUUGCCCAGGGCGCCAUUUUGAUGGGGACAGCACAAGCGUAAUGAAAAAAAACAAAUUCAUAUAGUGUAUUGUUAUUGGUGUUGUGGGUCGAAGGGUUAUCACAGCAGGCAUCUGGCAGGGAAGUUCUCAUACUCAAAGUAGGGCGGGGGUGAUCUCAGGUCGCCUCAAUAUGGGGGAGAGAGAGGGGGGGCGGCGGGUAAACUAUCUCUAUCAAAUUAACACUUUCAAUGUUUAUAAAGUAGUACUGCAAUUAGUAAAAUUAAUGCGAUGGGAGGUGCACCGCCCAAAUCAGCUAGAACCCCGCCACGGGCCAGAAGCAUUCAUAAAUACCUUUUAAUCCAGUUUUCAGUACACUUUUACUAAACACUUUAAAUCUUGGUAUUUUUUAUACAACAGGCUUUUACCUUAGCUCAGGCAACAGGAGUUCUUGGCAGAUUUAUGUCUGAUUCUAGUUUAGGCUGACAUUUCAAUGAAUUAAUUAAAUCCUCAACAUUGAUCACAGCACUACUGGUUGAUUUGGAUGUAGACUAGGCUUCUUAAAGAAUGAUUUUGAACUGUUUUUUCUUAUUUUAAAGCACAAAACUCACUGCAAAUGAAUGGUAUUUCGUGUUUUUCAUUCAUAUAUGAGAAAUAGGGAGAUCUAGAUGAUGGCUUCUCUGGUUUCUUGUUACUUACUUUUUUUUUUAAUAUCCACACCGAUUCUUAAUGCAUACAUGUAUUUGAUUUGGUAUACACUCCAAUAAACCAAUACAAAUCA